AGCAUUUGAGAAAAUAUAUGAAAACUAAUUACGUAAACAAACGCUCCUCUGGCGGAAUUAAACUGCCAAUCCGGUAAAAUGUCAAAAUGCGCCCGAACAUCUGUUUCUUCGUUCAAAACAAAUCCCUGCGCAUGACCAACAUCCAAAACAUUUAACAAAACUACAAAAUAUUCAAUUAAACUGUUCAUUUUACAAUGUAUUUGAUAUUUGUUAUAUCGAUUCUAUCCAUUCUGAUGGCAUUUGCAUCGAAAUUAACGAAAACCAUCCUUCCCUUGCUGUGCGGUGACAGCGCAGAAGUGAAAGCAAGAAGGAAAGAAAUCGCAAAAUUACGAACCGAGCUUGGGAACAUUUCUAUGCGCGAGGAAUACACCAAGUACGUGAAGUGUGAGCGUGAAAUUGGUAAAUUAGAACAAUCGCUGAACGAAGCCAAGGGUCGCGAUAAUGUUAAGCGCGUGGCGUAUGAGUACGGGUUGCAUUACGGUGGGUUGGCCGUGCUUGGCCUUUGCACGAUGUACAUUUCGAUAUUCUACCGUUACUCAACCGUCAUCGUGUUUGGAGACAAUUUUAACUUCGAGCCAUUUGGUGGAUUCAUCAACUUUCCAACGAAAGUACCCAACUCCAUAUCGGUUGUGUUUUGGAUCGUUGUAAAUAACUUCGUCGCAAGAACAGUUGCCGGCUAUGUAAAAUAAACAGGUUUGAUAAUAAGCUAACGCGACAA